ACACGUAGGUUUAAGGAGGGUUUAAUAGAAUCCGGGCGAAAGAGGCGGCUACCCAGGCGUUGAUCUUUGUUACUCUCCCUCUCCACGCCUUUCACUUUGUCUUUUUCAGAUCCCCAAACUCUUCCCUUCUCCUAUUACCACUUCCAUUUUUCUUCUCCCUUCCGCUUCAAAAUUCAAUUGUACUCUCCAAUCUCUUGUUUCUCAAUAUGUUCCAAAUCUUCCUCUUUAGCUGCCCAGAAAUAUGAUAUAUUUGCCCCUGAUUCUCCACUUUCAGUUGAUCAUUUAAUUCUACCCCUUCUCUUUCAUAAAUAUGUGGAGGAGUUUUGCCAAGAGAGCUACUUCAAGGAAGUUAAAGCUUUUUUCCGAUUCUCAUAUUUAUUCUUCUUCUUCCAGUUCUCCUAGAGAUACUAAUUUUCUUAGAAAAUAUAGGCCAGAUACGACUCGGGCUACUGAGAAUUCAUGGUUCCCUUUACCGAGUUUUCGUCGAUUUGGAAUAAUAUCGUCUCUGGAUAACAUUUUGGGACAACCCAGUUUGCUGAAUUCGUCAAGUAACGCUUUUGGUACUUAUGGUUUUAAAGGUUACGCAAGUGUUGCCGAGGCCAUUGCUUCUACUGAUGCCGAGGACGAUUCCUCGGGUUCCGAUGAGGUUCAGGAGUUGUUAGACGAGAUGGAUAAGGAGAACAAGGUGGAUUCCUACUUUAAGGGGCCGAAGAAAAUGGUCGCAGGAAUGGGAAUCACGAAAUACCACAUUCUUAGGAGGCGACAGAUAAAAAUGGAGACAGAGGCGUGGGAAGAGGCUGCCAAAGAGUACCAAGAGCUUUUAACGGACAUGUGUGAGCAGAAACUUGCACCCAAUUUGCCUUAUGUGAAGUCGUUGUUCCUUGGUUGGUUUGAGCCUUUGCGGAAUGCCAUUGUUGCUGAUCAGGAGAUGUGCCGGGAAAAGAAGAGCAAACCUUCUUAUGCUCCGUAUUAUUAUCACUUGUCAGCGGACAUGAUGGCCGUUAUUGCAAUGCACAAGCUGAUGGGGUUACUAAUGACUAACAGUGGAGCAGUUGGUAGUGUCAGGGUAGUCCAAGCAGCUUGCCAGAUUGGUGAAGCUAUUGAAAAUGAGGUUAGGAUACAAAAGUUUUUUGAGAAGACAAAGAAGAAGAAGAAGAAGAAGAAGAAGGAUACAAAUACAAAUACAGAUGACAAGGAACCUGAGGGUGAGCCUGAUGCUGUAAGCAUUGAAAAAGAGAUAUCGAUUAACAAGGACCAACAAAAACUAAGAAAUAAAGUUACACUGCUGAUAAAAAAGCAGAAGGUGCAGCAAGUGAGGGAAAUAGUAAAGCAACAAGAUGAUUCAAAACCUUGGGGUCAGGAAGCCCAUGUUAAGAUUGGAUGCCGAUUGAUUCAGUUAUUGACAGAAACAGCGUAUAUACAACCUCCAGUUGAUCAAUUAGGUGAUACUCCACCGGAUAUACGCCCUGCAUUUGUUCACAGCCUUAAAACUAUCACUAAAGAAGCACAGAAGACCAGCAGGAGAUAUGGUGUAAUUGAAUGUGACCCACUUGUUCGGAGAGGCCUGGAAAAAACUGCUAGGCACAUGGUCAUCCCUUAUAUGCCGAUGCUAGUCCCUCCUAAUAAUUGGCUAGGGUAUGACAAAGGAGCCUAUUUGUUCCUGCCAUCAUAUGUUAUGCGGACACAUGGAGCAAAACAACAACGUGAAGCAGUUAAAAGGACUUCUAGGAAGCAACUGGAACCUGUUUUAGAGGCCCUGGAUACACUUGGAAAUACCAAAUGGAGGGUGAACAAAAGGGUGCUUAGUGUGAUAGAUAGAAUUUGGUCUAGUGGAGGUUCUCUUGGUGGGUUGGUCAGCCGUGAAGAUGUUCCUUUGCCAGAAGAACCUGACACUGAAGAUGAAUCCGAAAUCCGCAAAUGGAAAUGGAAACUUAAAACAGCUAAAAAGGAGAAUAGUGAGAGGCAUUCGCAGCGCUGCGACAUUGAACUUAAACUUGCUGUUGGGCGAAAGAUGAAGGAUGAAGAAGGUUUUCACUAUCCCCACAACCUUGAUUUCCGAGGCCGUGCUUAUCCCAUGCAUCCUUACUUGAACCAUCUAGGUUCUGAUGUGUGUCGAGGCAUCUUGGAGUUUGCAGAGGGACGCGCUUUGGGGAAGUCAGGCUUAUACUGGUUGAAGAUACAUUUGGCAAAUUUAUAUGGUGGUGGUGUGGACAAAUUAUCUUACGAUGGUCGAGUAGCAUUUACCGAAAACCAUAUUGACAAUGUAUUUGAUUCAGCAGAUAGGCCUUUAGAAGGAAAGCGCUGGUGGCUGGGUGCAGAGGAUCCUUUUCAGUGCUUGGCAACAUGUAUUAGUCUUGCAGAAGCAUUGAGAAGCCCCUCUCCGGAGACUACUCUUUCACAUAUGCCUGUCCACCAGGAUGGUUCGUGCAAUGGGCUACAACAUUAUGCUGCCCUGGGAAGGGACAAGUUGGGAGCAGCUGCAGUAAAUCUUGUUGCAGGAGACAAACCUGCUGAUGUCUACUCAGGAAUAGCUGCCAGAGUUCUGGAUAUCAUGCGUAAAGAUGCAAAGGACGAUCCUGCAACAAAUUCAGAUGCAGUGCAUGCCAGGAAAUUAAUUGAUCAGGUGGAUCGUAAAUUGGUAAAACAGACAGUCAUGACAUCCGUAUAUGGUGUUACUUACAUAGGUGCACGUGAUCAAAUUAAAAGGAGGUUGAAGGAGCGUGAUGUUAUUGCUGAUGAUUCAGAACUCUUUGCUGCAGCUUGCUAUGCUGCAAGAACUACGUUGACAGCUUUAGAAGAAAUGUUUGAAGCUGCUAGAAGUAUUAUGAGCUGGCUUGGUGAUUGUGCUAAGGUGAUAGCAUCAGAGAAUAAAGCAGUUCAGUGGACUACUCCUCUCGGACUUCCUGUUAUUCAGCCAUACCGGCAAUUAGGCAGACAUCUUAUUAAAACUUCCCUUCAAGUGUUGACUUUACGGCGGGAAACUGACAAGGUAAUGGCUAAGCGGCAAAGGACAGCCUUUCCCCCAAAUUUUGUUCACUCUCUUGAUGGCUCCCAUAUGAUGAUGACUGCUGUUGCCUGCAAAAAAGCAGGGUUGAACUUUGCAGGAGUCCAUGAUUCAUAUUGGACCCAUGCCUGUGAUGUUGACGAAAUGAAUAGGAUACUGAGAGAGAAAUUUGUUGAACUCUACGAGGCCCCAGUUUUGGAGAAUUUGCUGGAAAGCUUUCAGACAUCUUUUCCAUCACUGAGUUUUCCUCCUUUACCGGAUCGGGGAGACUUUGAUCUUAGAGAGGUACUGGAAUCUCCCUAUUUCUUCAACUAGUCUAAGCCAGAUGCGAAACAUGGAGUGUUAUUCUUUUACUAGUCCAAGCUCUCGCCAUACUCGAAUGAACGGUAGCUCUGUUAGUAUUCCUUCAUUUAUCAGCCUGAGAUAGAAAGCUCCCCAUUGUUCCACCAGACGAGAAUGCUCAAGAUAGCAUCCUUGAGACAGAAAAGAACAUGACGGAUGGUUUUGCAUCUGUGUAUAUAUACAUGUCGAGACAACAGCUUAACCAUUGGCCCUGGAGAAAGCACUGAGAUUUGCAGUGUUUCCUGCAUUAUGCUAUCAUAGAACAACUGAAGAGAACAAAUAAAGACAGUGCAACAAGCUGCACUCAUCACUGCCACCGGAAGGUGGCUGCAACACUCAGCUAAAUAGGGAAGAAAUUGGUUUAAGGGAGUCACUUUUGAGGCAUUGUAAUAGAUGGUAGCCUUGUAAUAGAAGGCAUAAAAAUAGGUAUGGGUAUUCUGCAUUUAUUGUAUAUUUUUUUGUUCCCUUUCCAUUCUUCUCUCAAUAAGUGUGCUUAUUAUUCUCACACUGCAUUUUCUUAGUUUAUUGUCUUUAUAUAUACACACACCUCCCAAGUAAUGGGAAAACAAUAUUGCAUAUUUGAGCUUAAUUUUUGUAUUAUUUUAUUUUAAAUAUGACCAUUUGUCA